UUUUAUAUCAUCGGAUUAGGUUUUUCUGUGGUUUUUAUAGUCGUAAAUUAGUAAGGAAUUUUUAAAAAAUUCCACAUAAAGUUUCAAAAUGGGUGAACAUAGUUUUGAGUCGAAUUUUGUAUCAAUGAAACAUUCUGUGCAGUUUUUAGAUAUUCAAGAUCAGUAUUAUUGUAAUGCUGAUCUGUUAUGUACUUUUAAAUUUAAUGACUACAUCCCACAGGAGGGUGAUAGGGUUGCUAUUUUUAAGCUAGGAUGGAGUUUUGUUAAGGACUAUAUACUUUUUGAGUGGGCUCCUGUAGAUACAAAGUCUGAAGAUAAUAUUUAUACUGUAACAUUUAACAAACAUGUGUUGCCCAAGAAGAAUUUUGAUGAGAUAUACCAAAUAUGUUAUCUUAGUGGAGAAAACGAGUUACAUGGAGCUAGUUCACCCUUCCAGUUAUCUAGCGAAAAACCAAAACCAAUUGAAAUAUCAACAUUCACUGUUGAAGAUAGUCUGUACCAAAGUCUAUCUAAACAUAAAGUAAUAUCUACGGUUCACUGUGAUCACGAAGACGAAAUUAAAAAGCUUAAAGAAGAAAAUCAAAUAUUGAAAGAAGCUCUCAAGGUAGCUUUGGCACAUAACGAGUCUCCCCAAUCAACUAGUAAAAAUUACGACAAGGAUAUAGCAGAUUUAAAACAGAUUACAGGUGAGUUAAAGAGUUGUUUAGAAAUGCAACGACAAGAAUUCGAUAUACUCAAAACGAAAAUAACAGAUAGCAGAGAGGAGUACAAGAAACUUUAUUUAGAGAAAUAUAAAAUCAACAAAAAGUAUGAACUUCUAAAGACUAAGAUCGAAAGGGAAACUAAACCUAAUAAUUUUCGUCUUGAAUUUGACAUUUCCGACUUAGACUCUAUCCCACCCUUUCCUCUUUCGAAUGAUCUAAAUAAAUAGUUCGGACAUGGAGCUGAAGCUCUGUAUAUAUUUACGUAUGAUGUAGCAUCACUUUACAGUAUUUUUAUUAUCCGAAAAUAGGUUUUACCUUGUACAGCUCUUGUGUAUUAUAUGUGUUUAUGACGAUAGGUAUAUCUAAUUACCUAGAUAAGGACAAAUGAAUUAGUGCAAUAUGGAACAGGUCAGAAAUGACUUCCUAGUGCUGAGAUGUCACGUCGAAAAAAUUAGAAUACUGUGUGAAUUAAUCUGAACACAAUAAUAAUUUGAAAUGAUAAUGAAAAGGUUGCCAAUGUGAGUCCAUAAUACUAGUCUAUGGAAAGAAGUCAAUUCUCAAAAUCUUAGGUAAGUAUUUUAGUGUCAAAAAUUUUACCUAAGAUUGUGAGGAUGACUUUUUUGAUACACUAGUAAUUUGAAAUAAAUUUAGAUUGGUUUAAUAUAAUUUCUCGCUUUAUAUAAUUCCCUGAGCG